GCUGGCGGCGCCUGCAGCCGGGCAUGCCUGCCUCAGACACAGACCCACACACACACACACACACACACACAUUGCAUGCAGGCGCACCGCGCUGCGGGAGCUGGGCCGGGCUCCUAGUCGCCUGCUCGGUUGCUGCUGGUCCUUAGCCGGGAGGGACAGGCAGCGGCUCCCUUUGCACGCCCGGGGGGCUCUCGGUGCAGGGAGCUGCAGCAGCAGCAGCAGGCGAAGCAGCCUGGGAGAUAAUUUGGUGAUCGAACAAGCCAGAAAGCUAAGACCAGUCGCAAAGAGGAAGCGGCACAAAAUGAACAGUGUCGCUUCAUACGCAAGAUCCAGAGGGCCAUCAAAGUGAAGUGAGAGGGCUUGAAAAUGUCUGCGUGCAGCGAUUUUGUGGAACAUAUCUGGAAACCUGGAUCCUGCAAAAACUGCUUCUGCCCUAGACACUUCCAUCAGCUGCAGACGCCAACCCUCGACCUGGAAAGCAGCAGCAAGCUAGCGCAGGAUCUGCGUGGAAUCCGAGCCAAAGCCGAGACUCUGGACAAUGAAGGCGUGACUUCCUUGCCUUACACGAAGCCGACAAUUGCCGUGAAGCCGACAAUGAUAAACUCAGAUAUUCCUGAGGUGUGGGCGGAUGGGAACCUGAGUACAGAUAUCCCGCAGGUCAACAGGAGAAUGGCACCCGGAAAGCAUGUUUUCAUGAAAGCGGGAGAAGAUCAAAGAGCCUACAUAGACAGUUUUGGCAGUCACGUCCUAAGGAAGCCAGUUGGUCAGAAUCCUUCAAGAGACUGUACUUCGCAUGGCCCUUCCUUGGUUGGCACCACCGGUCCUGCAAAAAAGGCAGAAAAAACCAUGACCUUUCUGAGUGCCACAGAUGUACAGGAGGGAACUAAAGUUCCUGGCAGAGAGAAGUUGUCCUUGCCAUAUUUGGGCCUCUAUCAGAAGCCAUCUGUUUUUAGUGACAGACACAUUAAUUCAGCUACGGACUCUGUUGGAUACCAUUCCAUGUGUCAAAGUGGAGAGGUGUUCGCUUUAGAGAAGGGUGGUGUAACCAGCUCCUCAGACUUAGAAAAUGAAGGCGGAGAAUACUGCUCCAUUGUAGACUGUUGCAGAGAGUCUCUUGUUCAUCAGACCCUAGGAAGUCCCGAAACCCAGCCAGCCUGGCCUGAAAGUGAAAAUCACAUUCGGAAGCAAGACGGUGCAGUCAAUACGGAAACCAAGUCCAAGGCAGCUAAUUUUGGUGAAGAGGAAAGCAAAGCUUCAGAUCCUAGUUCAGAUUUUCAAAGGGACAAGCAUCUGCACGAUUCCAUAUACAACCACUUACACUCCGAAACAGAAAUAUUAGCAUUUCCGGUGGAUACUGUAGUAAAAAACAGCAGCCCUGUUGGUUUGGGCCAAGGAAAUUAUCUUUGCUCUCUGGAUGGGGCAUCUGAUCAAACUGAAGACAAGAAUACGGAAAAUGUAAAUGCUGCUGCAGGACAGCCACUUGCUUGCCAGGUGGGCAUUGCCCCAAAUGAACCCAUCUAUGCUGAGAGCACCAAGAGGAAAAAGGUGCAGCUGGGGAACUCCAGCACACACCUGAUAAGCAACGUUUCAGCAUAUAGCCCCACUAAGGAUCAAACAGAUGGCCACUGGAGAGAAAGGGCGCAUCACUUGAACCCUGAAAGGGAGUUCCAAGAUUCUGCCACUCAAGUAGCAGCAACAAUUACCAUUAUGGCAGCCCACACAGAAAAUGACAACCGGACCAUCUUUCUUAGCAGCCCAGACUCUGCCGUUGGGGUUCAGUGGCCAUGUGUUAGUCCCACCUUUCAUCCGGAAACUGGGAAAAUGUCAUCUUCCUUUGAGCACAUCGAAGGGCCUCAAGAAAGCAGUGAGAUGAUCUUGAGGGAAAACGAUCCUGCUCUUCAGGUGCAAAUGACUAGCAAGAAUAUGGUGGGUGAGGGUCCUGCUAUUCCCCCUAAGUUGUCCAAAGGGAGCCCACCUAGAAAUGAAGGGUCUGUUGCGCAGUCUCCUGGGGCUGGAACCUGUGACAGCAGUGAUCACGAGGAUGUCAACGUUGCAAAAAAUGGGGUGGACCCCACAACUGUUGGACCAUCAUGCUCCCUUCAUGUGAACAGUAUCUCCUCAGAGGAUCCGAACAGAGGUCUGUCCUCCUCCUGUUCUGAGAGAAGACACAAAUACUACAACCUAUCCUGGAGCAGGCAGUGCAGAAUAGAGGAAGAAGAGGAGGAACAGGGACUCUCAAAAAAUGCUGAGGAGAUGGAAGCGGAGAAUGGGGUAGACGAUCACCAAGAGUGGAGGAAAUGCUCGGCACUAGAGAAUAAGACGGGUGGAAUGAGCAAAUCGGCUUCAUUUGCUUUUGAGUUCCCUAAAGACAAGAAUGGCAUCGAUAACUUUGCACCGCCGCCUCCACCUCCAAAGAAACAAUUCAGGCACUUUUUAAAAAUGAACAAGAGUAAUUCUGACUUGGAGAAGCUCAGCGGCGACUCUACAGAAAGCCACAACCCACCGUUCCAGUCAGUCCGUGUCACUUUCACAUCUGGCUCCACAGAUAGUUUGCAUUUGGACACCAAUGCAUUCAGCAAUGGAGGACAAUCAUGCAAAGCCAGCCUGCGUUCACCAACUCGUCCUGGGAAACAUGUCUUUCCUCCAGUCCAUGCCUCUGUGUGUUCUAGCCAAGACAGGCCACAUUACGUCCCCUUACAGCCACCCCCACUGCCCCAAAAGAAAACAGUCAGCAGAGCUGUUUCGUCACCUGAUGGGUUUUAUUGGGGCCCAGCCUCUCCAGCUAGAGCAGCGAUUCCCAGAAGCCCCAAGCUGAACUUCAGUCAGUCAGAAAGCAACGUCUGUAUCCGUGAAGAAUCUCUGUUUGGCUCCAACUUGGGAAUUACCCACAGAACAUUUUCAUCUUCGGAGUCGCUGGAAAAAGCCUUCAAAGGAUCCCAUCCCCAGUUUCCGCUUUCUGGUAGGAGCGGCAACAUCUGCUGCAGCCAGGAGAGAAAUGCGCCGCCUCGUUCCUCCUCCCAGCACAAUAUGUCUGCCCAGGUUCCCUCAGGUUCCAACCUCCAGCUUCACAACCUCCUCAGCAACAUCGAUAACAAGGAAGGGGUGUAUGCCAAGCUAGGAGGGCUGUAUGCCGAGUCGUUGCGCCGCCUGGUUGCGAAAUGUGAAGACUGUUUUAUGCGCGAGCAGAAGAGCGAACUACAUUUCAACGAGAACAACUGGUCUCUCUUCAAACUGACCUGCAACAAGCCCUGUUGCGAUUCAGGGGAUGCCAUCUACUACUGCGCAACCUGUGCCAAGGACCCCUCCAGCACCUAUGCUGUCAAGAUCUGUAAAUCUCAAGACACUAAAAUGGCCACGUCGUGUUGCAGCCCGUCAGUCCCAGUCCACUUCAACAUCCAGCAGGACUGUGGGCAUUUUGUAGCAUCCGUGCCCUCCAGCAUGCUGAAAAAUGCUCCUGAGGAGUGCCCUUCCCGUAAUACUUCCGAGCAGGACUGCGUCGUCGUCAUCACCCGCGAAGUGCCGCACCAGACCACGGCGGACUUCGUGCGGGAUGCCGUCAAUUUCCACAAAGCUAAGCCUGAGCUGUAUGAGCGGCGGGUUUGUUUCCUCCUCCUGCAGCUCUGCAACGGACUGGAGCAUCUCAAGGAGUACAGCGUCAUUCACAGAGACCUUUGCCUGGAGAACCUGCUGCUGGUACACUGCAAACCUUCUCCUGGCUGCAACAGAACCAAAGAGGACAAGUCUCUGCCCAGACUCAUCAUCAGCAACUUCUUGAAAGCCAAGCAGAAAUCUGGGCCCGUGGAGUCCAAGGUGAAAAAGAAUCAGGCCCGGCUGGCUCCUGAGAUUGUGUCCGCUUCCCAAUAUAAAAAGUUCGACGAAUUCCAAACCGGUAUCCUCAUAUACGAACUUCUGCACCAGCCCAACCCGUUUGAAGUGAAGCCGCAGCUCAAGGAAGAGGAGUACAGCCCGGAUGACCUUCCCCCGCUCCCUGAUCUUUCUAUUUAUUCUCGGGGGCUCCAGCAACUUGCUCACCUGCUGCUGGAAGCAGACCCGAUCAAACGCAUCCGCAUCACUGAGGCAAAGCGGAUUCUGCAGUGUCUGCUUUGGGGGCCCAGGAAAGACUUGACGGAGCAGCCGCUUAACCACCAGGAGGCCCUUCAUGACGCUCUUCACAACUGGGUGGACAUGAAACGAGCUUUGCUUAUGAUGAAGUUUGCAGAGAGGGCCGUGGACGCCGAGCGGAAUAUUGAACUGGAGGAUUGGCUCUGUUGUCAGUAUUUGGCCUCCGCAGAUCCUUUUUCUCUUGCAAAAUCGAUGAAACUUCUUCAGCUGCUCUGAUCUUUGACAGUUUUCAUGCUUUUUUUAAAAAAAGUGACAUCAAUUUCUUGUGCAAAUUCGCAGAAGUUUUUCUUGGGCCAAUCUCCUGAUGGAAAAUGAUACGCAUCGUGAGUCCCUUUAUGAAAGGACAAUGAAGUAAAAAUGAGGCCACAUUCAAUGCAGAAGCGUACACUGAAAGAUCAAUUCCCCAUGUAAAUUUCAGGAUAAAUAUUUGUUGUGAGUGUUUGUAAAUUGUAAAGAGAUACAGUGUACCAUUUCCACCUUUUGCUUUCUAGAUAAUUAAUGGAGGCAAAUAAAAAAAAUGUGUGUUUUCCUA